AUGGUUUCCGGAGUCGGCAAGCAGGAGUCGGAGAAGCAGAAGGAGGUGCUUCCCGAGCGAGUGAUUGGCGGCGCCCACCGCGAGAGGGGCGCCAUUCGGAUCCGUGGAGCAUCGCCGUGGCCCGUGCCCGCGACGAGCUCCAGCGCGGAGGCCGCGCCGCCGCCCUCGGCGGAGGAGUUCGUGCGGCGGUGGGGCCUGGACGAGAAGGCUGCGCUGCUGCUGGAGAAGCUGCCCCGCGAGGUGAGCGCCAUCGUCCUGGGGCGCUUCAGUGCCCACGGCACGAAGGUGGCGACCGCGCCAAUCCAGGGCUGCAGGCAGCACGAACGGACCGACGCGCAGAGCGACGGCCUCCGCUGGCGCAGGACGGAAGACGCCCAGCGCAGCGUCCAGGCCCGGGGCUGGGAGUUUGCGAGCACAGUCAACCACUUACUGGCCAUCCAGGCGACCAUUGCCGGCACAGUCGUCGAACUCGAGCACGGCCUCGCCGUCGCCAGGGACGGCAACGUCUGGGGCCGCCUUCUCGGCUUCGUCCUCUCCGUCUGGAUCCAGAAGCAGGGCGUGGACGAGGAGGCCGCCGCCUACCUCAGGGGCGUCCACGAGGCAUGGGGUGCAGCGGAGGCCCGUGCCAAGGAGCACCCCGCUGGCCUCCCGGGGCCGCCCGUCAGCAACAGGCCGGAGCAAUGGGCGGAAGGCGACCGGAGAGUGUUUUUGAAGGAAAUACUGGGCGGGAUCGCGACUCUCCGGUUCUUCCAUCUUCGCCUUUCAUAUUGUGAUCGCCAAAUUGGACCGGAGAAUCGCGAUGCCGCGCCGGACCUCCGCGUUCAGUUGCGCGUGCACCAGCGCGCCGACAACGGGCAGGAGCAGGAAACGGAGCAGAAUAGCGUGCUCGACGCCUUCCAGUGCAUCGCCGAGGCAGCAUUGGACGCCGCCGGCGGCGCCUCCCGGCUGGCGGUGGCACCUGCUGCGGAGGCAGCGCGCGGCGCGGCCGAGGACGUGGACGCCUUCGUGCAGCGCUGCGGCCUGGAGGACCAGCCGGCCGCGGAGUUCCUGCGCGGGCUGCUGCCCGAGGUGCGCGCCGUGAUCUUGGCGGACUUCGACCCCGGCGGCACGAAGGACGGGAACGUCUUCGGCCGGCUGCAGGGCUUCGCACGCUCGCUGGAGGGCUCCAGGAAGCGCGGAGGCCUGUCGGCUCCGGGCAGCAAGCGUCCCCGCACCGGGCCGUGA